AUGGACCAGAGAGGAAGUAAGCGCGUCUAUAGCAGCGCUUUUCAGCAUUCCAACGACCAAUAUCGUAAAGCAUUGCGUAGCGUCGCUGGCUCUUCUGCUACUUCUCGAUCUUCUUACAUACCUGCAGCCUUGUUUGGCACCGACAAAGAAAACAGUACUCCGUUUCUUGACACCGAAGCGGAUGCAGAAUUUCUGCAAAGUUCUCAGAAUCAUAUACAACUACCGCUGGGCUCUUACUCCUUCGAAUGUCAGCCAUGCCUUCCAUGUAUCUCUCAGGUAUUGGAGGAAAGUGGACAAGGCAUAACCCUUCAGGAACCAGGGCAGCUUCAAAUGGACUCGUCUCCUUUCGACUUCCGCUUGGACCUCAACUCCAGUUCUCCUCUUGAUGAAAUCGCGGGCUUUGGCGCUUACACUGGACCACCUAUCUUUGAAGAUACAAACACGGCAUUUGUCCAACCUGGUCAGGAUGGCGGAUUUGCUUCGACUGCCCUGCACCUUCAGGACCUCUCACUGUACGACAGUCCAGAAACAAUGUUUCCAGAUCAUUUCGAGUGGCCCAUUGCUGCAGCCCGUACAAGCAUUUCUACAGUCACAUCAGAGUCCCUACAGUACGCAUUCCCCACCCUCCAACCCAACGACGUCCUCAUCAUCUUCGACAAAGGCCACAAGGUCCUGAAACUCGACAAGUACCUCCUCAUGCUCUCAUCCCGCUUUUUCGCCUCCAUACUCACCGGCACAUAUGCCCCUGGCCACACUCGCUGUCUCCGUCUGCGCAACGACUUCCCCGGUGCCAUAGCAGUCAUGAUCCAUUUCCUGGAAUACGGCAUGUACGCACUCGAUCCUGCAACGCGCACCCAGUACCCCAACUUGACGCUCUUUGAUCUACAUAUCCAUGCUUACGUUGUGGGUGCCAAGUACGACGUGCGCAGGCUGUGCGAUUAUGCUAUUGACCAAUAUGUCGAUAUCGCACGCAGGAUUCUGGGCACGAGCGGUGCAUAUGUCCACCAGAUCACUGGCUUGGUGUCUCCGGGUGUCAAUUCCUUUCUCGAUUCACUCGUGCUUAUCUGGCGGAAUACGCUGUAUAGCGAGGAUGUGUUGCGUCAGGCGGCGCUAGAGCUAGUCAAGGCAAAGAUACAUAGGCUGCUCCGGGUCAGGUUCUUCCAGACCCUGCUGUGGGAAUUGGGAGGAUUUGGGAAUGAUGUUGUGGCUAGCUUGCAGGAGGAUGGGUUCGAUGUCAAGGUGUUGCCUCUCAGGGCUGGAAUGCAGGAGAAGGCAGGUGUUAGUUUUGGUCGUGCAUAA